AUGGCUGCAACAAGAGAUCUAGAGCUUCUCAUUCCAGUGUCCAACAUCUCUAACAAUGGAGCCUCUAAAUCGUCGUCCAAUUCUUCCUCCUCCGGCAACGCCACUCUCUCCCCCCAACAUCACUCCGGUCAAGAGGCAUUUUCAAAAGUGAUUCGAAGCUGGGCCUCAAAGAAAUUUAUGACAGGAUGUGUUAUUCUUCUUCCCAUUGCAAUAACAUUCUAUGUCACUUGGGGAUUUGUUCGAUUUGUUGAUGGUUUCUUCUCCCCUAUAUAUAAUCAUCUUGGGAUCAACGUUUUUGGUCUUGGAUUUGUUACAUCCAUAACUUUCAUCUUCCUAGUUGGAAUUUUCAUGUCAUCAUGGUUAGGAGCUUCUGUUCUUACCCUAGGGGAAUGGUUCAUCAAGAAAAUGCCUCUUGUAAGCUACAUAUAUGCUGCCUCCAAGCAAAUAAGUGGAGCAAUAUCACCAGAUCAAAGUUCUAAUGCUUUCAAGGAAGUGGCCCUUAUAAAACACCCUCGAAUUGGAGAGUAUGCAUUGGGAUUUAUCACAUCUUCAAUAAUAUUAAGGAAGCCCAGAGAUGAAGAAGAGCUUUAUUGUGUUUAUAUUCCCACUAAUCACUUGUAUCUUGGAGAUAUUUUUCUCGUUAGUCCAAAUGAUAUUUUGAGGCCUAAUCUCUCUGUUCGCGAAGGAAUAGAAAUUGUUAUAUCUGGUGGUAUGUCAAUACCUCAAGAAUUGACUACAGGGGGUGGUCAUGCCAAACAUGCCUCAAGAAUCCCUUCACAAGUAAAAUGA